ACAGGAGGGAGGGAGUGGCACAUUUAGUCUGGGUCUGUGCAAUGGGAAAAAAACACCCCUUAUUCUAAUUCAACAGGAAAAUGAAGGUAGCAAUUUCACUUCUGUUGAUAAAGAUUAAAAGUAUCUAGCAUAAAUUAAAAUGAUACAAAUCUGGAAACUUUACCCAACUGAUAAAGUUGUUUCUGUCCUUUGAUGAAAUACCAGUUCUGUCUGGGAAAAUAACCAUGGAUAUAAUACCAGCUUUGACUUCUGAGAGUUGUUUUACCAUGAGCUACUGCAGAUCACACUUGCUGACCUUUUGAAGCAAUGUGAAAAAGAUGCCACUGCCAGAGGCCAAGUGGUCCCUUUUCUGCAUCCUUACACUUCAGGGCAAACCUGGAUCGUUCUUGUAAAUCAGAUGGAGAAGCAGAAGUGCACGCCCAGAUGUGUAACACAACAUUGAUGAUGUGGAGGUCCCACAUCCCUGGCUGAGAUGGACUUUCAGGUUUUCAAUUACCACAGCCGAACCUCCCUGAUGUACGAGCAACACGACAACUUCUGCGGCAGCACUUCCUGGAGCUGCGCCCCACGCCCCACAAAGCCCCUUGGCUGGCACUCCGAGGUCAUACUCAGCAUCCGACACCGCCCGGGGCGCACGGGAGGCUGAAACUCCUCUUCCUCAGGGUCCCGGGGUUCCCAGGAGAAGCGCCCUCGGGCCCUCCCAGCGGAAGCUGCCGUCGGCGUUUCGGAGAGCCGGGCUGCGCCGGCAGGGGGCACGGCUCUGCCGGCUUUUGGUUUCUGCCUCCGCGCAGUGAUCGUGUGGGGGCACCCAUGUGGCUGCUGACUUGGCUCCUGUGCCUUUCGCCCCUCCUGGCACAUGAGGACAAUAAGGAAGUAGUUGGCAUCAUGGGAGAAAAUUUUACUUUUCCAGUACAAAUAGACCAAAAAAUAGUGGAAAUUGUCUGGAAGAAAAACAAGGAUAAAGUGGCUGAAUGGGAAGAGCAAAACAAACCGACAUAUUUUGGUCAUCUCCGCGACAGGAGUGUACUUACGGAGAAUGGAUCCUUGACUAUAGUUAACUUGAAGAAGGAUGAUGCUGGCACUUAUGAGUUAGUGUACCGGGAUUAUGUGGAAGAUCACCAGUUAAACUUCAUACUUGAUGUGUUAGAUUCCCUUCCAGAACCUGAAAUAAGUUGCAACACCAGUGAUAGUGAACUUGUAUUAAACUGUACAGCAAAUUUCCAGCGGCCUCUGAAUUACACUUGGAAGCUCAGCAAUGGUCCACACAGUUAUCGGAACCAGGAGCUUUCCAUCCCUUUGAAGAAUGUUGAUAUUACCACCAACGCUACAUGUAUCAUUAAAUAUUCACAAACGGAAAGGAGCUCUGAAAUCUCUUUGAUGCAAUGCCUUUCAGAAGAAAAAGGAGACAGUUCUCACAAACGACAUAGAAAUAUUCUUAUUUCCCUCCUUACUGCAUUUGUUAUCCUAGUGGUAAUCCUAGAAUUCCUGCGCAGGAAAGGUAUAAUUAAAUGUGGAAUAGAAAGAAGGACUGCUCAGAAUAACAGUCCAGCGAAUGGCUCAGGAGAACAUGAGCAACUUUUCCCUGGGAACAGCCAACAACAAUCUAAUUCAGAGGGAGCUGCAUUUUCACAUGCUGUUCAUUGUGAGAAUGAAGAACCUGAAGCAGACAGAGCAUUGAAUGAGAAUGACAGGGCCCUGAAAGACAAGCAGAUAGUUAAGAAUGGUGUAAAUCAGGAAGAAUUGACCCAGGAUACAGAAGUUGAAAAUGGGGGGCACCCGAACAACUCUUCCAGCUGCACUGAAGAAGGUGAGUGGUCACCAAUCCUUUUGUGAUUGUCUACCACAUCAGUAAAAUACUUCGAACAUGGACACCAAAUUUAUGUGUAUUUAUAAGUUAUAUACAAUUAUUACAAUAUUCAAGUAUGACAUACAUUAUAAAACGUGCACAAAAUAAAAAUUUAAAAAUUAUAAUGAUGAAGUAAAUAGUAUUUUUAUUUUUAAAAUGUUAUUACUGCUGCAAAAGUGCAUUUUUAAUGGACUGCCUUGUGCACGUCCACUUUUGAGUCUGCUGAUAAUCCAUUUAAACAUUCUCAAAAUGCACAGCAGUGUGAAAGCAAGUGGCACCUUACUGCUGCAGUUUUUUGUUCUGCCAAGUUUGAUACUUCUGUUGAAUUACCAACCAAGCAAUUGUGUCUAUUAAUUCUGGUAUUUGCUGAAGACAAUGUUGAAAAGAGGGGUGAAAAAAUCUCCGAAUAUGAGAAAACAUGGAUGAGUGUGAAGGUGGGAGAGAGUUAGGACUGAGUAUAAAAAACCUGACUCUGUGAUGCAGAAAAAACUGCUGAUGAACCUGUCACGAAACCAGGAAACGGACUUGGAACAGUCUGCAGAGCUGCAGAGGAAGGUGUGGUGUGUCGUAAGAACUGAGUCAGAUCCUGUUAGUUGACAAUGAGUAAUACUGAAAGCCAAAUGAAGUAUUACUCAGAUUAUUAUUCCUGGUCCACGUGAUGUGCUGCUUUACUGGGCUAACCAACUGUGCUCCUGCAUCACCCUUAAAGGUUUAGCAUCGGAAACUGGUCUGUUGUUAUGUCACGCUGAGGCACCAGAUGCAGCUGUGCUUGCUUCAGUUCUGUUUGAGAACAGAACAUUUUGUGUGUUCUGGGGGUAGGUGGGGUAAUAAAAACUGAUGCUUAUCCCUCAGGCUGUAAAGUGACAGACCCCUAUUUCAUAUUCAGACCCUCUCACUGCACAGACAUGAGGAAAUAGCAAACAAACACGCACACACACAACUGCCUUUUUGAUCGUGUUCUUUAGUAUCAUCACUAAGGUAAAGCAGUAAACCUGCUUGGAUUUUAAACACAUGAAUCAUAAAAAUUCUUCAAGCCUGUCCAGGGACCUUAUGGGAAUCAGGCUAGGGACAGCUUUCUUUUUGUCAUCACCUACAGAGCUGUGUACCAUAUGUCACCAUACUCUGCUCUCCUGUACCAUCUCCUGACACCUUGUCCUGGAGUGAUGCUGAGCUAGAGAUUAGUUGAAGGGAUGGGAAGUGCUAUCAAAAUGGGAGCAAAGACCAAAGGGCAUGGUGUCCUGGCUCAUCCAGGUGGCUCCCCUUAUAGAGUUGCUAUGUGUGCAACAAGGUGGAAAUACCAGUGUAAGUGGGCUUGUGGGUGCUUUGUUGGAAACCAGCCUGGUUAGAGGCUGGUGCAUGUUUCAUGUGAUGAGUUAGGCUGGGCAUGUAGUCUUGAACUUCCUGCACUGUAACUUCCCUUGGCCUUUAGUCUUCUUGUCAAAUAAGAGCUGUAUUUUCAGUCCUCAAAAGAGAAAACUCCAAAAGCACCUGGCAUUAUUGUGUGGAAGAAAUAGCAGCAGCAACAUAUGCAUGUGUGAUGCACAGCUGAUACUGAGAUUAUAGACAUAAAACAUUUGAAAAGCAGUGGUGUCUUAAUUGCCUGAUUAUGUGAUCCAAAGUCAUGGAGUCAGACCAACUUUGCAGGUUACCAGCUGUUUAGCAGGUGGCUGGUAGUAAGUAAUAAGUGUUCUAAAAGUGGUCCAGUUGGAAUGUGCCUAAUCAUAAAGAGAUAAUUUGGGUAAAAUGUUUAGGGGCCAUCAGAUACCAUUGGUCAUGUACCUGCUCUGACUGGAUUGUUAUGAGUCAUGUGACAGUGUCUUGGUGCAUCUUCCCAACACCUCAUUAGUAUCUAAAGCCUGCAGUAUUCUCAUGUACCUAGUUCAAUUUCUAGAAGAAAAGACCUAGUAAUUUACCUUUGUGCUUUUCCUAUUCUUUU